AAUAGCGCCAGCAGGUUGACCCUGAAACCAACAGUCCAGGCGAUGCAAUGGAAAGCCGGGAUGGUUCUCGAUGAGAGCGCACAUGACAUGUCGCUGACCAGGUCGCCGUUCAGGGUUAAAUGAUGGGUGAUGUCGAGGGACACACACACACACACAAAUGUCAACCUGGGAUUGUCCUAACUGCUUUGCGCCCUGCAGCGACGCGAAAAAGCUUGUAGAGCAUCUCGUCUCUUCUUAUUUGACCGAAAAAACGCCGGCGCCCUCGAGCUUUUCGAAGAAGAGGAAACGAAAACCAUCAACGACAGAGGACGAAGAGGUUAAUCGACAGUCAGGGAAUGAGGUUGAUUACGUCUGCCCAUUUCCACGAUGUGAACACAAGAAGAAAUACCCGUCCAAGUUCAACCUACUACGGCAUUUCUUUAUCCACUAUCCGGACUCUGAGGACGAGUGCCUUCGAUGCCCACGCUGUCUCAAACCGCAAGAGAACUUGGGAGCGCUUUCUGCACAUUGGGAAAAAUCGUGCAAAAGGAAGUUUGGUACAACCCGUGUGGCCAACGAAGAACGGCCUGGGCUGAGCAAGUUCGGUAAAAACCGUCUGAUUAAGGAAGACGAAAGGCGUCGACUCGAAUUCUUUGAGAAUAAGAAAGCAGAGAUGGGCAUGCGUUUGACAAUGGCUUUAAAUGAAGCGUUGGACGCACCGCGCAAACAAGCUCGUCGAAGUCAGCCGGAAACUUCAGAAAGCUCGAGUAGUGGCGAUGAAGUCGACAUCUCGUUUCCCGCAGAGCCUUGCCAGGUCAACUUGGGCAAGGAAACGUUGAUGCCAUCCGCGAGGCCAAUACCGGACUCCAGCGGUGACGAAGUUACGAACGGUGCUGGUCUGUCGGUUCUAGGAAGCUUAUUUUUGGUCUAACUAACUUUUGACAGUCUCUAACCCGACAUAUACAAUCUCCCAGAUCUCAAGAACUUCAAAUAGCAAUGCGGGGCAAGCGGCGCACACAAAUCUCGCUGCAAAUCUCCUGCCUAGCAGCGAUUC